UCACGAUGGGAAGCCGGGUUUCGGGUCGACAUUCCGGAAUUUGCAGGUGGUGUGGAUGGUUCGGAUUUUGUUGAGUGGUGGGCUUCAGUUGAGGCCGUUCUUCGAUUCAAGGGGGUCCCGGAGGAUAGGCGUGUGGGUUUGGUCGCUACUCGUUUUCGGGGACGGGCAGCAACUUGGUGGAUGCAACUCACUAGCAUGCGGCAUCGGCAAGGGAAACCGGAGUUGACAUCUUGGUCGAAUUUCAGAAAAUAUGUAGAGCGUGAGUUCGUUCCAUUUAAUUAUGAUAGUCUCGUUUAUCAACAGUUACAAAAUUUGCGACAGGGAUCUCGGACAGUGGAUGAUUACACGAACGAGUUUUAUCGACUGCUAACUCGUGUGGAGCUUCGGGAGUCCAAACAUCAGUUGGUGUCUCGCUAUGUCGGCGGGUUACGUUCGACGGUGCGCGAUAUGUUAAAUCUUUUUCGUCCGGAAUCCGUGUCCGAUGCCUACCAGCGGGCACUUCUCGUCGAGGCUCAGGUCGCGCAAAAAUCAGGUACUUCGGCCUGGUCGACACGGCCUGGGGGAGCUGCCGGCGGGACACCGUUUCAGCCUCGGCAAAGCGCACAAACGGGCAGCAGAUCGGGCCAGGGAGCAACACCGUCGCGUGUGGCGGGGUCCAGCGGCACUAACCAGCGGACUGCGGGUGGCGGCGGGCUCCAGUUGUCACCAGCUGCGGCGCGUACAGUGGCCGGGCUUCGAUGUUUUGGGUGUGGCGAGAUGGGCCAUCGCCAGUCCGUCUGCCCGAAGACUACGGCGACACGGGCUCUCUUUUCAGAGGAGGUUGGGGACUUUGCUGUAGAUGGCGGUUAUGAGGGGCCAGCGGUCUUCGAUGAGGACACCGGGGAGCUUGAGGAGUAUGUGUACGGUGACGUGGGGACGGCCCUGGUCCUUCGUCGCACAUGUUUGUCCCCGAGGGGCUCGACUGAUUCACCACGGGAGCGCCACCAUUUGUUCUUGUCCACUUGCACGAUCGGUUCUAAGGUGUGCCGCUUCAUUAUUGACUCGGGCUCUUGCGAGAAUGUCAUUUCUCAGGAGGCCGUGGACAAGUUGCAAUUGGCUACCGAGCCUCAUCCCCAGCCGUACACUCUUGCAUGGAUACAGAAAGGUACGGCAGUUACUGUUAAUCGUCGAGCACUUGUUUCUUUUUCCAUUG